AUGUAUUACAAUUUAAAGUAAGUUUAACCACAUUGCUGAAAAAUGCUUGAAACCGGCAGCGCGGAAAAUACAACAGCCGAUACACUACAAGCCAACGCAGAACUUACUAAAGACGAUGAAGAUAAUGCCCGUCCGGACGCGACCUUUCGUUACACAGUUCAAAAUAUUAGCCAGCUUAGAGAACAAGUUUUAUCUCCGCCGUGCUAUGUGAGAUGUUUACCGUGGAAAAUUCUAGUUCUUAUUCGAAAUACAACAACUCCGGACCGACAACAGCAAAAGGCGCUGGGGAUUUUUUUGCAAUGUAACGGAGAUUGCGAUUCUCCAGGAUGGUCUUGCUAUGGGCUAGGAGAAUUAAAACUUUUGUCGCACAAGCCAGAUGGCGAACAUCUCUGCAGGAAGCUACAUCAUAUGUAUCACUGCAAAGAAGACGAUUGGGGUUUUGCUCAUUUUAUAUCAUGGAAAAACUUAAUGGAUCCUGAUAACGGAUUUGUAAAAGAUGAUUCAAUAGUAAUCGAGGCUCAUGUAGUUGCAGAAGCUCCACAUGGAGUUUCUUGGGACUCUAAGAAGCAUACAGGAUAUAUUGGACUGAAAAAUCAAGGAGCAACCUGUUAUAUGAAUUCUCUUUUGCAAACUCUUUUCUUCACAAAUGUUCUACGGAAAGCCGUUUAUAAAAUACCUACCGUCGGUGAUGAUAGUUCUAGAUCAGUUGCUUUUGCUCUUCAACGAGUUUUCUACGAUCUACAAUUUUCGGAUAAGACAGUAGCUACAAAAAAACUUACGAAAAGUUUCGGCUGGGAAACGUUAGACUCUUUUAUGCAGCAUGAUGUUCAAGAAUUUCUUAGGGUACUACUAGACAAACUAGAAAAUAAAAUGAAAGGUACCGUAGUUGAAGGAACGGUGCCUAAAUUGUUUGAAGGAAAAAUGACUUCAUUUAUAAAAUGCAAGAAUGUAAAUUGCACAAGUACUCGCGUCGAAACAUUUUACGAUAUCCAACUUAGCGUUAAGGGGAAAAAUAAUAUUUAUGAAUCAUUUAAAGACUACAUUAGUACGGAAUUGUUGGAGGGCGAGAACAAAUAUGAUGCAGGAGAACAUGGUCUACAAGAAGCUGAGAAAGGUGUUCGGUUUGAUGUAUUCCCGCCUAUUCUACAUUUACACCUAAUGCGUUUUCAGUACGAUCCACAAAGUGACACCUCUGUUAAAUUUAAUGAUAGAUUUGAAUUUUACGAGGAAGUAAAUCUGGAUCAGUAUCUCCAGGAGACACCUAAAAUUCCGGCACAUUAUACGUUGCAUGCGGUGCUCGUACAUUCAGGAGAUAAUCACGGUGGACACUACGUUGUGUUUAUUAAUCCUAAAGGCGACGGAAAGUGGUGUAAGUUCGAUGAUGACGUUGUGUCACGCUGCAGCAAACAAGAGGCGAUCGAGUACAACUUCGGAGGUAAAGAGGACGCGCCGUACCUCGCUCGACGUGCAACGAGUGCAUAUAUGCUUAUUUAUAUACAAACGUCCCAACUUAAAUAUGUCUUACAAGACGUUACACAGAACGACAUACCGAAUGAUCUUUGCGAGCGAAUCACUGAAGAAAUGCGAUACGAGAUGGUAAGGACAUGCGGCAGAAAAAUAAAAUGCAGAAAAUUUAGGUCCGAUACAUCAGUAACUUCGGCCAAGUAUUACGCGAGGAUUUUUAGCGCUUUAAAACAGUUCUUCACUUUACAGGCCAUAGCUGGCUCUAAAUUUAAAGGAAGAUAAGAAUUAUGGAGCAAAGGAGAUCUUAAACAUUAAAUUUGAUUGCCUUUAUUUCGAAAGUGCCGAUGGCGAUUGGUGUAAAUUAACCGAGUGAUUGAUCUUGUUAUAUUUUACUUUGUAUAUUCUUGUA